AUGGGAAGUGUGGAAUCAGUUAAUCAAAUUGGUUUAACAGAAUCACCACGACAUUCAUCAUUAUUACAACGAUAUUCGAGAGUAGAAUUUAUGACAAUUCAAUCUCGAAAAUCUUCAUCAAUCAAUUUCGAAGAAGCUUCAUGUCUUAAUUCACCGUCACAAUUACCACAAGCAAAGUGUAGUUGUGUGACGAAUGAUUUACUACUACCAGUAUGCUUAUCUCAACGACAAAAAAAUGCAAAUUCAACGCGAAGCUAUUCUGAGAAUCGAAAAAUGGAGCAAAGUUUAUUGGUAUCGAAUGUUGAAGCACUUUCAUUAUCAUCCAGCAAUCUUAGACAAGCGUUACAACCAAAUAUUCAAAUAUCAGGUGAUUUAAAUCCUUCACAAAAUAAUGCAAUUCGACGAUUAUGGAAAAAGGAAAUGAAGAAGUGCGGAGAUAAUGAAGCGGAACUUGCAAGUCGAUUAUUAUUGCGUAUAUUUAUUAUUGAUCCACGUCUUCAGGCACUUUUACAUUUACCAAAUGUGCCUUAUUUUGAAUUGAGGAAAAAUCAAAUUUUCGAACUUCACGUUAAGGCAGUAGGAUCAACUUUAUCAUUUGUUAUGUUACAUUUGCAUAAUCCAACUGCAAUGAGUAAAUCAUUGCAAGCAUUGGGUGCACGACAUGUAAUUCAUACAGAAAUACAAUAUCGAAGUAAUUAUUGGAAGGUAGUAAAUCAGGCAUUCGUUGAAUUUGUCAACGCUGAUCAAACAUCAAUCGAUGUAUUCGAUGCAUGGAAUGUACUUGGAAAUUUCUGUGUGGAACAAAUGCGAAUUGGAUAUAAAAUUGAAUAUAAGGCACAGAAAGUAUUAAAAUGCUUGAAGGAGAAAAAAGCGAAAGGUUAA